AUGUCGGUUAGGUUGGACGAUUCUCUGGAGGACGAGAGAGAUUUGGAUCAGAUUAUGGAAAAUCGUAGGGCUGCAGAGAUUGAGCUUGAUACCAUGGAGGGUGUUGCGUCAAGGGAAAAGCUCCCCCAUCAUCUCAACGGCCAAGGUCGGUUAGGGUUUCUGUUUUUUUUCUGUUUUAUUUCCAUACCUUCACCAUCACCAAUGUUACUUUGUGCUUCAUCUGAUGCACGAUUACCUUCUCCUUGUUAUGGUGACAAUACUCCUAUGGGUCGCUCUGAUUCUCCAUGGGAGAAUUUUGCCCCUUCUCCUAUUCCAAUUAGGGCAAUACUGAGAGUAUGA